AGGACUGCACGAUCAUGAUAAAAUACUGCGUACAUUCAUCCACACUGUACAUGACGCUUACACUUAUUUAAUUAUCCAUCACAUUAUCCCUUACACCCCCUUUAUUUUUCUCUCUCUCUCUCUUUUUUUUUUUUCUUCCUUUCACUUGUUUGUUUGGAAACAACAAGCAAAAGACUACUUUUCUCUCUUCCUCUUGUUUUCAUUUUCCCUCUUUUCGCCUUUUUUUUCUUAACUUUUUUUCUUUUAAUGGCCGGUGACGAACCCGUCAUUAACUUUGUCAUUGGCGUUUUUGUCUCAUUAGGCGCAUCAUUUUUGGACGCACUCGGCUUGAACUUGCUUAAACUAGACCACGUCAAGGAAUCACAAAAAUCGCCCAGCGAACAACGAUCCGACUGUGGCCGACCUUUGUGGCAUAUCGGCCUAUACACUUACAUUGCAAGCCAACUGAUCGGCAGCACGAUCGCCUUGAAUUAUCUCAAAACACAAUGGGUCGCACCCUUAGGCAGCGUGGCCCUCAUUUACAACUUUCUCUUUGCAAAGAUCCUCGUUGGCACCAAAAUCACUCGCAAAGAUGUUCUGGGCACUUGUGUAGUUGUAGCCUCAGUCAUUUGGAUCGUUGUGUUUGGUGGCAUGUACAAUGGCGAUGAUCCGGAAGAUACGAUUUCUUUAGAGAAUCUCAAAAUGCUAUUUACACGACCCAUCUUUAUCAUCUAUUUCAGCGCUUUGAACAUUAUAACAUUCUCGGGCCUGAUCUUUGCCAUCUGGUCUCGCUGGGUACUGGCUGACGACUCUCGGAAACGCAAUAGCCAGUUGUUUUUGAAUAUGAAGCCUAAGCAAAUGCUCAGAAUCGUCGGUUUAAUGUUCAGUUUGGAAGGCGGUAUGCUUGCUAGUGAGACGCUUUUGCUUGCAAAGAGUGGCGUCAAGUUGUUUACACUUUCUGUGAAUUCGCAAGUCAAUCAGUUUACAGACAACACGAGUCGGUUCAUUCUACUAGCAUUGUUGAUUACGGCAAUAUUACAGGUCUACUGCUUAAACACGGCAUUGAAACUAUACAGUUCGGUGGUUGUAGUUCCAGUAUUCUACGGCACAUACACGGCGCUCGGAUUGGUCAAUACAAUCAUCUAUUUGGAUGAAAUCGGCAAUUAUCCAGGCUGGGCGAUUGCAUUGGUCUUUAUCGGCAUUGGUGUCCUAAUCUACGGCGUGUUCCUCCUAAGUUCGAAACCCGAUCCAUCUUCUCGACAUCCAGAUGACGAAGACGACGACGAGGAAAGAAGGGAGCAACCAGAUCCGAGACAAAGCGGGUCUUAUUGUCCAGGAGGAGGAGGAGGAACUCUAGGAGGUAGUGGUACUAGUGGUAGUGGUGGUGUAGGAUUAGGAGGAGCAAGAGGAGGUGCUGGGGCCUCGUCCAUGCAAGAGCGAGCGACUGCGAAUGAUACUAUGCAAAACGAAGAAAUGCAGACGAUCCACCACAACAAAUCGUGGCCAAGUGCGCAUGACGAAAAGAAUCAGCAUGAACGACUACAAGGUUUCUUUGCGGCUUCCUCUCCCUCUUUAGCGAUACCUCCUCCACCACCCCCACCUCCAGUAACAGCCACAGCAAUAUCAGUCACUGUAGCAGCGGAAGAAUUGCCACCAGCAAUAGUACAGCCAGUAAUUACGGAACCUCAACCUUCGUUUUCUCGAGCUGACCAUCAGCAGCAACAACAGCAACAACAACAUCAUCAGCGAUGGUGGAAUCGAUUUACGUUCCAAAAAGGACAGCAACGACGACAGCACCAGCAGCAAAAACAACAAGCAGAAGCGUCGGCAGGAUCUCCCGAAAUGGCUAUGCAUAGCUUACGACGUCGCACAGCCAUGGAAAACAAUGACACUAGUAGCAGCAGCGCACCACAACGAGCAUCGAGUAGUAAUAUCGAGAUACCACACACAAUAAUCAAGGUCAAGCCAUGAAGCACACACAUUCCAUUUUGUAUAGAAAAACAACAGCAACAAAACCAAGUCCAGCAUCACAAUUUGUUUUUUACCUUCUUUACAUACAAACAUUUACGCCAAAACUAUUGUAAAAUCAAAAAACAACUACUUUUCUUGCAUUUCUUCAAAGUACGCACACAUCCAUUCUUCUAUACACAUAUAGCACACAA